GAAGGUGGUUAUUAUUUUUUAUUACUUCGUUCUCCAUCGCAUCGAUCCUGUUCGUUCGUCAGUACGUACUAACACACUUACGAACAAUGGGAAAGAAUUGCGGUAAGAGGGAUUCGAUCCAUGUGGCGUUCGACGAUGGCAGGAAAGAGGUGAUGAACUUGAAAAAAUAUCAUCUACUAAUGUGUCCAAUUGAUGAACUGUGCGAUGAACAUGCCGGGGUCAACCUAAGCCGCGAGCAAAUCCUGUUUUGGCGUCGGCACGAGGCGCAGCUAUUGGACUCUGCAAGUGCCGCAAACUUGCACCAGUCGAUCGUCGAGAAGUACAUGCGCAAUGCAGAAAAACUCAAAACAGACCUUCCGACACAAUUGAGAAUUUUGGAGCUGUGCUGUGGAUCAAAAUCCUUUGCAAACUACCUGCGCGUCAAGUUUCCCCGGGCCAUCAUCGUUACCUUGGACAUCAUCGACUCCGCCCAUCCCACACACGUCGCCGUUUUUGAUUUAAUGGUGUCAAAAAUGUCAACAGUGCAUGGGACAAAUAGACCUUCAACCUUGAUAAACGAUACCAGGUGAUUGUUACAUUUUGGAAGUUGAAGUCGUGUAAGAUCGGCU